CACGUGUGUUUGGACCGGCGAACGACUCCGGUCUGUUAAUUUUUGUGUGUAAUUUGUGGUCCUCCUGCAUCCGGGAGCUCUAAAAAUCAUGGGUAAGGCCAAGAAACCAAGGCUUCACAAAAACCAACCAGCCCCCACCGGGUUGAUGGACGUAAAUGGGCUAAUCGAGCAAGGGCUGGCCGGUAGUGCAAAAUCCGGGACCCCCAUCGAUGCGAUCGUAGAGCAGCUGGAAUCGUCCGUAACGGAGGAGAAAAUCUGCGGGUUGCAAUCACUGGCCACUAUCGGCCAGGGUGAGGUAAAUCUGGCCGAAGUUGUCGCAAGUAACAUCAUACGGAUAGCGGCGUCGCUGUUGGUGCAUCCGGAUUCAAGCGUGCGUCAUGCCACUGCUGGAGCACUUCGAAACCUCUCGGUUGGCAGCGUGGAGCUGUGCGAGUUUAUGGUCGAUCAGGAUGUGCUUACGCCGCUGCUGGCAUUGUUGAAUCGCUACACAAGCGCCACUCAGUGGAAGCCAACGUUCGAUAAGAGCAUGCAGGACCAAAUGGACGAGCACUCCGACACGUUCCUGCAGGGGGUUAAUUUGUUGUGGAACCUGUGCGAAAGUACAUCUGACGCGUUGACCGCUUUCAAUCAAGCACAGUUACUGCAGCCUUUUGUUUACUUUUUGAAUUGUAACGUGUAUGGAAAACAGAUCGCAAUUGCUGUAGCACAAUGUCUAUUGGUGGUGUCUGAAGAAAACACAUCGUCUUGGCGAGUGCUAGCCAACCAUGGUUUAGAAUUGUCAACACUUCUUGCCCUCGACGGUACGGACAAUGCCACGAUGAUGCUGCGUGUCCUUGCCGCAGGAAUAAUUUGCAACGUCCCGGUAUUGCUAAGCAGCCAUAUGAGCCAAAUUUUGCAAACCAUUGCUAAGACGAUGGAAGCGAACCAUCGGGUUGCGUUGGGAAACCUUACCAGCAUCCUUCCGUUAACGGCCCAGAAGGAGGUAGUCGAUCUGGAGGUGACCGAUGACGUACAGAUUGACGAAGAAACCGAGGCAGAGUCACACCAGCGUCGCCGGAAAGCGGACCUGCCGUCCGACGGUGAGCUGGAAGUACGUGACGUAGGUUGGAUGCUGCAGGCGCAACGGAUAGCGGCCGAAAUACUCACAAACAUCUGCUCCACCGACGAUGACGAUUGGCAGAGCGAGGGAAAUGAGAACGUCGAGAAUAACGGCGCCGGUUCGGACGCCGAAAGUGUUUACGAUUACGAUACGAACGAGCUAAACGGAAGCGUGGAGAACACGGACAAGGUUCCAGUGGAGGUUCUGGAAGCUAUUAAAUCGUUAGCGCUGGUCGAGAAGCUCUGGCAGAAGGCUCAACCGAUGGCGGAGAACGUGCACCAAAUCUUGGCCGAGUCUGAGAAGGGCACACUGAAGAAGCUUGACUCGCUGCGGAUUUCUGCCAUGCUGUGUCUUCACAAUCUGUGCAAUAACAUCACGACCGAGGAUCUCGGAGGACCGGCUGCGGUGUACAACGUGUGGAUCGAUCUCGGCCAGCAAGUGUUCCAGGGCCAGGGCAAUGUGAAGCUUCUGGAAGCCUCGACGUCGCUGAUGCGUGCCACCCUGGAGCACCUGCGCAAGAGCCCGGAGCUGUUCAAACAGAUGACCGAAAGCGAUCUGCAGCUGAUGCUGAACGGUGUGGUCGGCUGCGAGGACGCGGAGAUCCGAGCCAACUGGCUGCGAAUGUUGGGCAUGCUCGGAUGCCUGCUGCCGGAACCGCUGGUGAAGCUGAUCGUCGAUUUCGUGCUCAACACUUGCGCCAACGAGACGGACGUUUGGGUGCUGGCGGAAGCGCUAGACUCGAUGAUGGACAUUUUCGCUGAUAACGAUUGGUACGCGAUCGUGCACGAGGUAGGAAUGGUCGCGAAAUGCAAACAGCUCGAUCGUGUUAUGCGCGAAAAGCUGAAGCGAGACAAGCGGCAGCUCGGCGAUCGCUUUCCGGCAGUCAGUACGGUGCGCACCAACCUGGGACGGUUUUGUAACUACCUGGAAACGGAAAUGAAAAAUUACAAACCGAACAUGGAAUCGUAACUUCCAGGAUGUUGUUGGCGCCACCUGUGAAAAGCCGUUCGAAAGAUAUACAACGAUUGCAAUAGGUUAAGAAAUGGGAUACGUUGACACGUAAUCCUCAAAACUUAUGGAAUUAUUUCAGAAAAUAAAACUAAAGCUUCUAUCUUGUGCUGAUAGGAAAACGA